GAAAACAAUGAAAAGACGAAGACCUCUGCUCCACCCUUAGCAAACAACGCCUACUACUGGCACGCUUGUACAAGACUUUUAUGACAUAUUUUGUCAGACGAGCAACAGUUUAUCAAAAGUGAAGACUGUGAAGUUUUAGUUUUUGCAGCGGUUUGUUUGUGCUCAACAUGCGUCUACACGGGUCGAUGAGCAUAUUGGGAGCAGCACUGUUGGUUCUGCUGGCAGGCUGUCCACACUGCGUCUCAGCUGACACAGGCACUUUGGCUCCACUGGAGGUCUCGCAGUACAAUGGUACUCUGUAUGCAGCCUGCAAAAUGAGACCCAGCUCCUCACUACCUGACGGCCUGCCCAAAGUGUCUGGUGUGGUGCUGUUUAAGCAGGAUUAUCCUCAGGGGGAACUCAAAGUCCUCUUUCGGUUCAAUGGCUUCCCCAAACCAAGUCUUUCAAGAGCGAUGCACAUCCAUCAGUAUGGAGACCUGAGCGGGGGAUGUGGCUCCACUGGCGGCCACUACAAUCCACAUGCUGUAAAUCACCCUGGCCACCCUGGGGACUUUGGUAACUUUGACCCCCAGGAAGGAAGAGUGAGGAUGAUGGCGUCUGAGGCAACACUGUUCAGUGGGCAGUCUGUGAUUGGCAGAGCGGUGGUGGUCCACGAGAAGACUGACGACUUGGGGCUUGGUGGAGACCCCGGGAGUCUGCUGCAUGGAAACGCAGGCCAGAGGCUUGGCUGCUGCAUUAUUGGGAUUUCCUCCCCCACCCUCUGGAAUAUUAACUAUAAGAAGUAUAUGCGGCAGCCUUUCAAUAGUGACAUAUAGGUCAAUUUACAGUUUUGGCUUUAUUCAUUCCUUGUAUCCAUUGUAUUCCUGAAACUAAUACAAAUAAAAAACUAAUUAAAUCCUCUUUCUCCAAACAUUCAACAGUGGCUGCUCAAAAAUGGUGGAAACUUGCCUUAAGAAUUGGUGUGCUCGAACUUUAAAGAGUUUUCCUAAAAUGCUUAAAGUAAAAUAUAAUUCAGAUAUUACAUUUCUUUUAGCCAUGCAAGCAGCAGGGUUGCAUCAUCAGUCCACUUUGGUCCAGACUAAAUAUCAACUGUUG